AAAAAAGAAAAACACAAAACGAAAAAUAAGUGUACAAACUGUUGCUGCAGACAAUUAGCGAACAAAAAGUGAAGUUCAAAAGUGAAAAAGUUGCAGGAAAUUUUCGCGCAUCGUAAAUCAAAAUAAUGCAGCAUCAGCAUCUGGAGCAUUAAACCUACUCGACCGUCCGCCCAGUCCCCGGUCGUCGGUCCCCGCCAGUAUUUGGUCAACAUGGCACAGCAGCAGCACAGCUGGGAUGGUGGCGAUGCGUCCUCCAACUAUGGCACACACGGACACCCACACACACAGACAAACGCCCACGGCCACGCCCACGCGCACGGCCAUGGCGGGCACAAGACGCCAGCGCGUGCUGCGAGCAAUCCGCUGCCCUACAAAGGCGCCACGCCUAAGUCGCCCAGAAGCUACUACGCGGCGCCGCCCUCCGUCUAUGCCACGCCCACGCAGUCGAGCAGCAGCUAUGGCUAUGGCAACUACGAUCAGCCGCCGCGCAGUCCGAAAAUAACGACGACCUAUGCCAACGACAGCUGCGACGAGGCCAGCAGCUCGACGCCCUCGUCCUACUAUCAGACGCCCCCGUCGGGCUCCGUUGACGACUCCGUCUCGCUGCUGACCCACAGCCCCAAGUCGCCGUGCAAAUUCGUCUUCGACGCAGUCAGCCCAGCUGGCGGCAUGGAUCAAGCAGCGCUGGGCAAGAAAUUCGAGUACUAUGAGCCCAUCUCCCCGGACGACGGCUCGCUCUACUAUGAGCCGCCCAGCUCUCCCAGGCGCCAGGGCUCCAAGAAGCUGAUUCGUGGCCACGCGACGCAGCUGGAGCAGGUGCCGCAGCUAACCACAACCGGUGUGGCCGGCAAGCGACGGCGCGACGAGUGGGAGCUGCCCAUCAUAACGAAGGUCGAUGCGCGAUCCCUGAGUGCAGCAGCAGCUGCAGCAGUAGGGGGCGGAGGGAGUGGGGGCGGAACAGGAACUGGAUCAUCUGGCGGUUACUCCACACCCGGAUACUAUGGCCUAAAGCGAGACUCCUGCGUCACGGAAUGCACUCAGCUGUCCAACGAGUCGGGUGAGACGGCGACCCAGCACACGACCACCACCACCACGAGCUUCAGCUACACGGACACGGAUGGUCAGCCACAAGAGCAGCCGCAGCAGCAGCAGCAGCAGCGYCGCCAGCGUCGGCAUGCCAUCAACAUCACCUCGAAUCCUGGCUACCAGGUGCUCCACAGCUCCCACUCCACCUUGGAUCGCACCUGCUCGGACAGCGUUGUGUCGCUGCGCUAUCGCAAGUCGACCAGCGACUUGACCCAGGACGCCGAGCACGAGCUGAGCGGUUGCAAGCCAUCCAAGCCCAAGCGAGAUGCCGUCGAGUACAAGCCAAGACGCCGUGGCAGCUCCAAGGGCGGCCUGGCCUACCUGGCCAGUCGUCGCAGCUCGCGCGAGUCCAUGAAGAGCGCCUGCUCGAAUGCUUCCAUAUUCUCGAACGAUGACAUCGGUCCGUUGGCCUUCCAGAGCUCCAAUCGUGGGCGACAGCGACGCACGUCCAACUUUUUGGAGCUACCAGUUCCGGAUCAUGUACGCCCACGCGUCUGUUCGUUGCCCGAGCGUCCGUACAAUCCACGGGCAAGCGACGAUCUCUAUCGGCUGCGCCACUUCUCUAUCAGCAAAGGCAACGUGGUCAACUGUGGGGAUUCGAUCAUAUCGCGACGAUCGCGCAGCAACACAAGCGUCAAUUCGACGAAUAGUCGCGCCAGUGAACGAUCACCCUUCGAGGGCAGCUGCUGUGGUGCGGGCUAUGCGAAUGUGGACUCGCUGCCCGCCUCGCCCGAUGAUUCGGAGAGCAUGGAUCCGCCGCCCCCGGCACGAUAUCGGGUCGUAAUGCUGGGCGAUGCGGGCGUGGGCAAAACGGCGUUGGUCAAUCAGUUCAUGACAUCGGAGUACAUGCACACGUACGAUGCAAGUCUGGUUUUAGACGAUGAGUUCGGCGAGAAGACGGUCAGUGUCUUGCUGGACGACGAGGAGUCCGACAUGGUCUUCAUCGACCAUCCCAGCGUUGAGAUGAGCGUCGAGAACUCCCUAUCCACCUACGAGCCGCACGGCUGCGUCGUGGUCUUCUCUGUGGUGGACAAAGGCUCGUUUCGCAUCGCCGAGGAGAUUAUCAACUAUCUGUGGCAAGAGAAUUACACCAAGGACAAGGCAGUCAUACUUGUGGGCAAUAAAGCGGACUUGGCGCGCGCAAGGCUUAUCACGUCACAGGAGGGAAAAACGCUGGCUGCCUCACGCGAUGCCAAAUUUAUUGAGACCUCCAGCGGCAUACAACACAAUGUCGAUGAGCUGCUCGUCGGGAUACUGAAACAGAUGCGGCUCAAGGAGACGCGCGAGAAGAAGGCUACCUCAUCGAAGAUGAAGACCUCACGCACUCACAUCUCGCUGCAUCUGGCCAAGGAAAUACUGCAAAAAAUUUGCCUUAGCGAUAUUUCCAAGUCGAAAAGCUGUGAAAAUCUUCACGUGCUGUAAACAAUGCAAAAAAAUGGAGCAAGCAAAACAAAGCAAAAAUUACCCCAAAGCAAACAUAGCAGAAAUCAAUAGCCAAAAGAGAAUGGAGAAAGAAAUAUAAGUAAAAAAAAAAAAAGCAAACAAAAAGAAAACAGCUAAACAAAGAUUAUUUUGCUAGCAUUUUAAAGCCAUAUAAAUUCCAUA